CCCGAAUACAUAAGUAGUAAAUUUUCAAGAACCUCUGUAUUGAUUUGGCUUCACAGGCCACCAUGGCACCUGCCACUCGGCAAAUGACGGGCGGAGCGGUCUAUGCGCACCUUUUGGAUAACGUGCUUCUUCUUCCCCAAGGGCACCCUAUUUGUCUCAGUUUUGCACAACAAGGAUACGAAUCGGCUGAUGACCUCCUAUGUAUUUUUGAGAAUGAACUUGAAACUCUUGAAUUCAUUCCUCUUGCCCCUGCUGACGGCCCCGAAACUACGGCACCGAUCAUCCGUCAUUUCCUCCGGUGGCAAGCGUCCCUUGAGCGUCAAAAGGGAACUCCUUUGAAGAACUCCGAGCUUGCAGCCCUGAACAACAAAGACUUUGUCCUGUACCGCCGAUCCGCUCUCGGCCAGGUCUCUUCGACUGUUGCUCCAAUAGUCACAAACCCCAAUGCUGCAAUUCCCACCGCUAAAACUCGAUCUGCUGUGGAAGAUUUCAAGCGUGGGAUCAAACGAGACAAAACCCAUUACCCCGUGCUCAAAGACGACCGGUACUGGGAUAAUUUCUAUCGAUCCUUCGUCGUCACUGCCGUCUCCCAUAACGUUGAGAAGGUACUUGACCCAUCAUACUUGCCUACUGAUCCACUGGAAAAGUCGUUGUUUGAAGAACAAAACAAGUUUGUAUACUCAGCCUUGGAGCAUACACUUCAGACGGACAUGGGCAUAAAUAUCGUUCGAGAACAUAGUUUUGAUUUCAAUGCCCAGGAAGUUUUCCGUAAAGUGGUCAAGCACUAUACAGAGUCCGCCUCUGCAAAGAUCAGCUCCUCUACCACUCUAGGAUACCUGACCACGGCAAAGUAUAGCUCAUCAUGGACUGGCACAGCGGAGGGAUUUAUCCUACACUGGAAGAAUCAUUUGCGUAUAUAUAAUGAUACCGUCCCUACGGGUGAGCAGCUCCCACAACAGCUUUGUCUCAGUCUAUUGGAGAAUGCUGUCCAUGAUAUACCCGAACUUCGUCAGGUUAAAAUCACGGCAACUUUAGACUUAGCAAAAGGUGGCAGCCCUAUUAGUUAUGACGGUUAUCUCAGUCUACUACUUGCAUCAGCAUCGCUCUAUGACAAUGGCAACAACCUAUCUAAUGCUUGUAGCAACAAGAACAAACGUCAUGUUUAUUCUACUGACUUAGUCUACCAUCCAACUGACUUUGACAGCGAUCUAGACGUAAGUUACGAUAUAGAUGUGUCACCCACAGCAAUCUAUGAAGCCAAUGCCCAUGCACGCAACUCCGGUAAUAGUGGCAAUCGCAGUCGCAACGCAGCUAGCCCCAGAGACCGACCUUAUAUUCCCCGGGAAAUGUGGAAUCAACUCUCAGAGGAUGCAAAAGCCAUUCUCCAAGGCUUGUCUGCUCCUAGUAAGAGUACAUUACCGGCCGCGCAACCUUUUUCACAGGUGCUACAAGCCAAUACGCAUAGCCAUGGUAGCAGCGAAACCGCGGACACUUUCCAUGAUUGCGCACCGGAGACUGAGUUGUUGGCUCACCUUACUGACCGCGUCAGUCGUAUGAACGAUGGUGAUAUUCGUAAAGUCCUUGCAGCAUCACGUGACAACGUCUCCCCACAACCAGGAGCGAGACCCAAAUUCAUGCAAUCCAAUAUGCUACGUUAUCAAGUCUCUCGGCAUAAUGUCAACGGUACCACUGCAGCUCUUGUCAAUCGUGGUGCUAAUGGCGGACUUGCCGGGGCGGACGUCAUGGUGCUCAACAAAACAGGACGUUCCGCCAAUAUAACUGGUAUUAAUGAUCACACAUUGUCCGAUUUGGAUAUUGUCACCGCUGCAGGAUGUGUUGAAUCCCAUACCGGUCCUAUCAUUGUAAUUAUGCAUCAGUAUGCGUAUCUUGGCACUGGUAAGACUAUACAUUCCAGUGCGCAACUCGAGCAUUUCCAUAACAACGUUGAAGACCGUUCACGUACAGUUGGUGGAGACCAGCGCAUUGUGACCUUAGAUGAUUAUAUCAUCCCCUUGCACAUCCGCCAAGGUCUUCCAUAUAUGGAUAUGAGGUGCCCAACAGAUGCCGAAUUUACCUCUCUCCCGCAUGUGAUAUUGACCUCUGAUGUCGAUUGGGACCCGUCAGUCCUUGACAACGAGAUUGAUCUGGCCACCGAUUGGUACGACACUGUACAGGAUUUACCCCACUACCAUAUGUCGAACCGCGUUUUGACCACAUGGGCAAAUAUCUCCAUCGUCAUAUUUCGCUUUGUGACACUCGCCACCAUGCCGUUGACUCAUGAAAUUCAGCGUAAUGACCAUGACUACGAAACCCUCCGUCCUUGUCUUGGUUGGGUAUCCGCCGAUACCGUUCGUAAGACUAUACAGGCCACCACCCAGUAUGCACGAGAGGUAUACCACGCACCGUUACGCAAGCAUUAUAAGUCGCGCUUCCCGGCCUUAAAUGUCCAUCGGCGUAACGAGCCAGUUGCCACCAAUACCAUUUGGUCAGAUACUCCUGCUGUUGAUAGUGGUGCCAAAUUUGCGCAACUUUUCGUGGGCCGCCGAUCCCUUGUCACUGAUGUUUAUCCCAUGAAAACCGACAAAGAAUUUGUUAACGCUCUCGAAGACCAUAUUCGGUUUCGCGGCGCUAUGGACAAGCUCAUCAGCGACCGUGCACAGGUCGAGAUUAGUAAAAAGGUCAUGGAUAUCACCCGUGCUUACAACAUUGACCAGUGGCAAAGCGAACCACACCACCAACACCAAAAUUUUGCUGAACGUCGCAUUGCCACUAUCGAGGCUAACACCAACAACAUUCUCAAUCACACCGGUGCCCCUGACUCCACAUGGCUUCUUUGUGUCACGUACGUGUGCUAUGUAUUCAAUCAUCUCGCCCAUGAAUCCUUGCACAACCGUACACCCUUAGAAGUCCUUACUGGUUCCACUCCUGAUAUCAGUGUUCUUCUUCAGUUCCAUUUUUGGGAACCCGUCUAUUAUCGACUCGAAGAUGCGACCUUUCCGUCUGAUGGUACUGAACAAACGGGACGUUUCGUAGGCAUUGCUGACUCCGUUGGCGAUGCUCUUACUUAUAAGAUCCUCAACGAUACUUCUAAUAGAAUCCUCUAUCGUUCCAGCGUGCGCUCUGCAAACCUUCCCGGAUGGGGAGAAUGGCCCUAA